AUGAGAAUAUCAUCAAAGAUAAAAUUGAUAGUGAAGUAUGUAAUUAAUUAAAACUUAGGAAAUUUAUUUAUUAAAGUAAAAUUUAUGCUGAUCUCGAUGCAUCGCAACUUAAAUUGGAUGUUUAGAAUUCUGUCCAAUAUGUAAAAGAAAAUGCGAGGAAGAAAUUGAUGAUUGCAAUCAUAAGCAUUAAUGUAAAAAUGGCCAUUAAUUAAGAGGUAUUUAUUAAUUAUAAAUUAGGUAUGAGUGGAGUGUUAAUUGGAUGUCACCCUACUUUAUAUACUUGUGAAGAAAUACAAGAUGAUUUUUCAAAUAAAGAAUUAGAAACAUUAAGAAUUGGAAAGAAAUUAAAUAGAAUUACAAUACUUUUCUGA